AUGGCCAAGCCGCACGGGCCAAGAGCCACGUCCUCUGGCUCACUCCCUCUCACUCCCCCCUCUCACCCACGACAACGACGACGACGACGACGAUCCCCCGCUCGUCCCGCCCCCUCGUCCUCCCUCCUCGCCCUCUUCGCAACCGUCGCCGCCUCCGCCUCCACUGUCGACGGCCAUCCUCUGCCCACGCAGACACCCCCACCCGAGUUUCUCUGUCCGCAGCUUGGGGUGGCCCCGUGCCUCGCUUCUCCGCCGCGCAGAAACGUCUCGCAGGCGCAGAGCGCCUCAUCAUCCACCAUUUCCGAGCUGCCCUCCAACUCGACGCUCAGCUCGAGAUCGCAGCCCGUCGCAGACAAGUAUGUGUCCUGCGAGGACGGCCGUUGGCGGAAAACAGACGUGUGGACACUCUAUGGUUCGACCUUUUGUCAGGACAACAUUUGCACUGCCACUCCCACGGGCACAUCUACUACAGUCGCGUGUGGCGUGUCCCCCUCGGCUUCAUCCACAGCAACUCCCACUUCGUCCGAGGCGCUUGCGGAUGACCUCUCAGAGCAAAUCUCCGCCUACCCCUCUGGCUGGCUCAGCUCUAAGACUGUGAAAGACGAUCCCCUCACGCCGGUCAUCAUCUCUCUCUCAGUUAUUCUGGCUCUCGCGAUCUGCGUCUUCAUAAUUCUGUGCGUAGUCUGGAGAAGGCGCAAGCGGCGACCAAAGGAUCCGGAGAAGAGGAACCGCAUGCGGGACCCCGGCGCGGGCGAGGAAGAGAGCAUAGAGCUCAAGCGUCUCCUCUCACAGCAGCGGCUCUGGGCAAAGGCGACUGCGCGAUGGAAGGCAGGCGUUCGCCAGUCCUCCCGAAGGCGCUGGAAGCGCCAGCCGGCGGGCAUGAAGGACGCCGACUCCCAGCUGCUCAGCCAGGUUUCCUCUCAUUCCUCGUCGACUUCACUUCAUCGAACCUACACUGCGUCCUCCUCGCGCAGCGCAGCGCUCAGUAUUAGGUCUUCGCGUCAAGACGCAUUGACAGAUCUCCCAGAGCCUGCACCAAUCGCCUCACAACCGGAUCCUCAUCAGCCACAGGAGCCUCCCGCAUAUCUGUCUGAUACGUCAGGUACGGCAUAUUCAGCGCUCGCCAGCGUCCAGGGGAUGAGUCUUUCCCGGUUGGCUGACACACGCCAUGCCACGGACAAUGCAGCAGCGUCUGGGUCAGGUAUCCUUGAGCCGCCUGUGUCUGAUGAUCAUCCCUUGCCAUACAAGGACUUCAUUCACGCAGGUCACGUCGCCACGGACGAUAAGGCACUGCUCGCACGGAUGGCUGCUCUUGCUAGUGCUCCUCCCACCGUCGAUGCUGCGUCUCCCACCGGUUCCUCCAACCCGUCUGCGCUGUAUGCCUGGGUCCCACCGCUCGAGGAUGAGUUCGAGGCGGUGCCGUUUGACCUGCGGAUUGUCGAUUGCGACACAGACGCAGACGUGGGCGGAGCGCUCUCCGGCAAUCGGAGGUCGCCAUCACCGAUGCUGUCGAUCACGCCGUCAUACUCACGUGAUAUGUCGCCCUGUCCGUCCGUGUUGCCUCCGCCACCCGAGAAGAGCCGCCUCGCCGCGCCCGGGUUCUACGAGUAUCCACCGUCGUUCGAGGAAGACCUGCUGGAUGUCGAGCCUGAAAUGGAGCCCUCAGCACCACCGUUUGGCGAAGAUGAUAUCGCAGUUGCGAGCGCGCCCCCGUUGGAGGAUGCCUCCGAGCUUGCGGAGGUCAUUGUGCUGCCUUCGGCGCCACCACUUGAUGGCGCGGAGAUGGAGGACACAUAUGCUACUGCACCCGAGUGGGAUACCCGGUCAAGCACGGACAACGCGCGCGUCGAGCAGUCUCUGCCGCUGAGACGGACCACAGGCCGUCUACAUACCCCCGCAUGGAACGGGAGCCCCCCAAGCUACCUUCCCUAA